AACCCACCCAGUAAUGUCCCUCCCUUCUACAGGGCUCUGUUGCUCUCAGUCACUGUAGCAGCUCUGCUUUACCGAGAAAUACUCCACGGGUUCUAAGCGGGACCGGAUCGACUCACGUUACGCUUCAUCAACCCCGAAAACCUCCAUGAUCCACACCUGGACAAGCGCUUGACAGCUCAGUAAGAUAAAUAGAGGUUACUAUGAGGACUGAUGUGGAGGUGCCACUCCAACAGAAGGGGGCCGCAGUCAGCAUGCCAGAGUCAGCCUCAGAUGGCAAAAUGAACAAACAGGAAAACAAGUCUCAAGAUGACCACAAAGAUGCAGAAGACACUUCAGAAAGAACGACACCUGGCAAGAGCCCUAAAUCUCCUCAGAGAGCCUCCAAACGCUCUAAAACUGUUCCCUUUAAAGUCACUCUUCUGGACAGCUCUGAUUAUGAAGAUAACAUUGAAAAACAGUGUAAAGGACAGCUUCUCCUGGACCUGGUGUGUGAACAUCUAAACCUGUUGGAGAAGGACUACUUCGGUUUGACCUUCAGUGAUUCAGACAGCCAAAAGAACUGGUUGGACCCAUCCAAGGAGAUCAAAAAACAGAUGAGAACUUCUCCUUGGCAUUUGACCUUUGCUGUGAAGUUCUAUCCACCGGACCCUUCGCAGCUCAUGGAAGACAUUACCAGGUACUACCUGUGUCUGCAGCUGCGAAAUGACAUCCUCUCCGGCCGUUUGCCCUGUUCUUUUGUCACACACGCUCUGCUGGGUUCCUACACUGUACAGGCGGAGCUGGGCGAUUAUGACCAGGAGGACCACGGCUCAGACUACAUCAGUGACUUCCGGUUUGCCCCAAACCAGACCCGCGAGCUGGAGGAGAGGGUGAUGGAGCUACACAAGACUUACAGGGGAAUGACACCUGCAGAAGCAGAAGUGAACUUCCUGGAGAAUGCUAAGAAACUCUCCAUGUAUGGAGUCGACCUGCAUCAUGCUAAGGAUUCAGAAGGGAUUGAUAUCAUGCUGGGUGUGUGCGCCAAUGGUCUAUUGAUUUACCGUGACAGGCUAAGGAUCAACCGCUUUGCCUGGCCAAAGAUCCUCAAGAUCUCCUACAAAAGGAGCAAUUUCUACAUCAAGAUCCGGCCUGGAGAGUACGAGCAGUUUGAGAGCACCAUUGGCUUCAAGCUCCCCAACCACAGAGCUGCAAAGAAACUAUGGAAGGUCUGCAUCGAACACCACACCUUUUUCAGGCUUGUGUCUCCAGAACCUCCCCCAAAGGGCUUUCUAGUAAUGGGCUCAAAGUUCAGAUACAGCGGAAGGACCCAGGCCCAGACACGACAGGCUAGCGCUCUCAUCGACCGCCCUGCUCCCCACUUUGAGCGCUCCACUAGCAAGAGAUACCUCCUUUCUCGGAGUCUAGAUGGAGCAGAAUUCUCUCGACCGAUCUCAACGCUGGGUGAGAUCCAUGAUGGCCUGUCGCAGAAGAGUGAGAGCGAGCAGCCACAGUGUCUGUCUGGAGAUGAAGCUGAACCUGAUCUCAGUCUGGAUCAAGACCAGGAUCAGGACCAGGAUCAAGACCAGAGCAAGAGCGAGGAGAUGGUCACGACCCCUACCAGGAAAAAAGACAUUAAGGAGGAUGCAGGUCUGGCUGUUGAUACUAAACAGGAGGAAUUAACACCUCUACACAAGCAUGAGUUUCUAGAUAAGUCAGAAGAUGUUCUCCUGAAGCACCAGGCCAGCAUCAAUGAGCUGAAGCGUGCCCUGAGAGAGCCCAACAGUAAGCUGAUGAACCGGGAGAAGCGUCUGUCAGAGACGUCCCCAGGCAGCACUCCAGAAAAGAAGGCAGAGGCUGUUGGUGCAGGGGGAAGGGAACCUGUCAACAGCCUCUCGGUGGAGGGCUUCAUCCAGAAGACUGUAUUGACUUCACCCGAGGGCUCUGAGGAAUGGGUGUUGAUCGAAAAACAAGAUGUGUAUCAACCGGACUAUGAAACAGAGGAAAAAGAAAAGAACAAAGCUAGUGCAUCUCCACCACCUCUGGUGAUUGAACCCCUUCCUAAGAAAAAGAGGGAGACAGAAAAACAAAGAGAAGUCACUAAGAUGAUACACAUUGAUCUAAUGGGAGAGGAUGGUGAAGAAACUCAGUUGCAAAUGGAAACUUUUUCAUGCCCAAAAAUAUUUCCAUUGGAAAAGUCAACUGAAGCAAAACAAAAGAGCACCACAAGUGAAUACACUACAUUUGUAUCAAGUACUAAGGCUAAAUCUGAAUUAUGUACAGAAGAUACAUCAGAAAAAGAGCCUUGCCCACUUGCUGAAUCAAGACCUGAGAAUGAGAAGACCCUAAUUCCACAGGUUAUGGAGGAGAGUGCUCCACAGAAAGUUAGAAAGGAGAAAAGGCCCCAAAGCUUAAACUUGGGGAUGUUGAGGGACUUUGUGUAUGAGACAGAAGCCAAUAGUUCAAACAUCACACAAGAUAGUGUAGAGUCUGAUGAGGACAAUAAUACUGAAGUUAUAGAGGAGACUCUGAUCUGUCCUCCUGGAGAGUUCAGUUCAACAACAGACACAUGGUCACCAACCAUGGCUGAAAAGCUAAAUCAGCCAGCCACAAAUAUAUCUGCUGGAACACUGCUUGAAGAAAAGCAAAGGGAGUUUGAAAAAGUAAUGGAAAAAGAUUUGCAGAUACCCAAUCAAGGAGCAGCAAGAUCUGAUGAUGCAAGAAAGCUUACAGAAGGUCAAGAGAAACCAUCUACUGAAGUGAAGAUUAUGAACACUGAAGACAAACAAGAAAACCAAGAUUCAGUAAAUGGUCCUGGCAAAGACGAGCUGAAAAGAGCCAAGACAGAUAUCAGAUUUGAGGUCAUGAAAGUCAUCAUGAUUGACAACUGUGAGAACAAAGAAGAGCCUGGGGAUGUAAACAUGCAAAGAAUGGAAGGGUUGGGUCUUGAGAAUAAGAUAAGCAAUAUUGAAUUAGAAAAAUCUGAGGGCAUCCAACUAGCCAAGGAGCCACGAAAGACAAGCCAGAGAGUAACGACACAUGUGAAAACAGAUAUAACAAGAAUUGUUCCAUUGAAACCUGAGAGAGUGAGGAGCCAGAGUUACAAAGAUGACUUAGAUAUUGGACAAGACUCAGAACUGAUGAAAAGAAACUUUAAAAGAUACAGUAUGAAUGAAUCUUUCGAAAGACACUUUGACCCCAGUAAGUUUGAUAGCAGGGACACUAUCUCCUCUCAUGACAACUUUACCACAAGUCCAGUGAAAGCUAACACAGGUCAGAAGGAAUCCAGAAUUGACCACUUAAUUUCAGAGACCUCUGAGCAACAAACACUAUGGAAUGUAGAGGGUUUACUACAAGAAAGAGCUAUGCAGGAUGAGGACACUACAAAACACAUCAGCAGAAUGGUCCAUGGAGAUCUUCUGCUGCCAGAUGAGGGAAUUUCAGAUGUCCAGCCUCACAUCUCCAGGACCCCAGUCCACCAAAAAAAUGCCCCACCAACUCCCCCAGUUAAAACGAAGAAAGCAAGAGAAUCAGGCCUUUUUCUGCGUAAUAGUCGCAACUUCAGCAAAGACCCAACUCUGGAAACUGACAAGAAGAACUUUCCGGAGUCUCUGUCCGGCACUACUACUCAUGGAGACCCACGAGAUUAUGUUAAGUGGCGGCCUGCCUCCACCCUGGACGACGACUAUAAUCGUGAGCUAGUCGGCUUUAAGGACCCCAACCUAGCCAUCGAGAGAAAGUGUUCCAGCAUGACUAUCAGCUCCACAUCUAGCCUGGAAGCGGAGGUGGAUUUCACUGUCAUAAUGGACUUGCAUAGUGGGAUGGAGGAGUUUUCAAGAGGCAUGGUGGAGCUGGGUGAGAAAGACCAACAGGUGGAGAUGGAUGGGGAUUGCUUUGAGGAGACCCCCAGGCCUCAUACCACCCAUCAUGUGGAUUUGCAUCAUGUAUCGCCCGGGAGGGAACGUUUCCUCAAAGGUCGCCCACAUCAGGAAAUAGAACCUCCCCCUGUUGCCAAGAAAGAUGCCAGCGCUGUGAGUGCCGCCCACAUCUUGAGAAAAGUGGAACCGCAUUCCAAUGGCUCCGAAAUGCCUCGUGCUUUUGAAGAAGUCUCUGAUCAUCAGUCUAUGCAGGAGGAUAAGACUGUUGUCAACUGCAAGGAGACCAGUACUGACGUUAUACAGCCACAGAAGGUAGACUCGAGACAGGAAGAGGGCAGAGUUAAGGAGGUUAAAGAGAACGGGUCCCCUGUAAGGACAAACAGUCUGGCAAGAGAUUUUGUUGCGUCUCCUCUCACCAUCACCACAGAAAACGUUACCUCAGCCACCACGACUCAAGUGACGAAGACAGUGAAAGGAGGAUAUGCAGAGACCAGGAUUGAGAAAAGAAUCGUCAUAACAGGAGAUGACGAUGUGGACCAGCAUCAGGCUCUUGCAAUGGCAAUACAAGAAGCCAAACAACAGCAUCCUGACAUGCUGGUGACAAAGGCAGUAGUGGUCAGGGAAACAGACUCUUCCUAUGAAGAGAAACAUCGGACAUCUGAGUCUUGAUCACUAGAGGGUGCCGUUUGGAACAGUGACAAGAAGAUCAGCUCUGGAUGGAUAUCAGUUUAACUUUAUAUUUCAAUCAAGAGAAGAUGACUUACGCUACUGAAAAAUGUAUACAAAACAAACCACUCAUGUGUUUAGCUCUCCCUAACUACUGCUGUGGCCCCCUCUGUUCUUCUGUUUAGCCAAACGUGACCCCAGGCCAACAAUAUCCCAUUUUCUGAUGUCAGUACAAUGUACAGUACCAUGCAGAGUACUUACCUUCAACUAUAACAACAGUAGUCUGAGUCAACUGCCUGAAUUGUAUACAUGUCAAUAGUUUAACCUUAAAUUUAGAAUGAAUUAAAAGAAAAAAAAAAAUUACUGAAAGUGUUGGCAAAUUUACCCCAUGCUGUCAUGUAUGCACUUGUGACAUCAGACUUAGGUCACAGAAUUAAACUGACCUUUUGUUGAUUUUUUUUUAAUUUUUUUAAUUUUUUUAAACUCUUGUCCAACAAAUUGCCGCUACUCCAUUAUUUUGCAGUUAUAGCAUGGACUAUAUAUUUCUCAGUUCAUAAGAACAUUGUCCAGGAGAUUCGGUCUUCCAUUUUGGAUUCAUGCAUGACUUUCAAGGAUUUCCCGGAAGAAAAUUUGCAAAGGGACAGACACAAGCUACAUACCUGUGCUGGCCUCAAAAGAUGGCCCCCGGCCAGCCUCUAGUGUUAACUGUCACUAAUAUACUCCAGUGUUGUCUUUUUAGCUUUGUAAAGAUUUUUAAAAUAUAACUGAUCAAGUGUUUGCUUGUUAAAUAUAAAUAUUUAUCAAUUAGAUUAUCAUAUGCAUUUGCAUGAAAUAAAACCCAGAUUUUGGAUGGUGGGAACACUCAUACAACAAGCCAGACCGGAUAACUGAGAGCAGUUAUAAAGGGUAUAGAUAAUUAUAUACCCUGCAUGUUUAAACAACUGAAGGGACAAAGCAGAAUGACACAUCCUAUAAUAACCAACAGACAUGUUCACGUGGUGUAUAUUGGCUUGACAUCCAUGACAACAGUGGCAUAAAAAAAGCCACUUUUGUUUCUUUGUUUCUCUGGGUCAAACCAAUCUUUCCAUUGUCAACUUGACACUCCGGUUCUGUUACAAAACUAGUGAACUGCCUACGUAGGCAGCCUUUUAAGGCAUCAUAGGCGUGCUUCCAAGCAAAGGAUGUUCCAAAAGAAAUGGAAGCGUUGCAGAUAAUCUUCUAUUCCAAUACGUAUUCCGAUGAGCCCAGGGAAAAAAAAUCCAUCCAAAGAUGGCAGAUGAAGCAAGAACAAUAUUGAUUAUUCGGUAACACUUUACACUAAGGUUCCAUUUGUUAACAUUAGUAAUACAUUAGGUAUCAUGAAUAAACAACUAAUAAUACAUUUGUUACAUCAUUUAUUAAUCUUUGUUAUAGUUAAUGAAAAAUAAAAUUGUUCAUUGUUAGUUAAUGUUAGUUAAAAGUGCAUUAACUAAUGUUGACAAAUACAAUUUUGGAUAUUAAAAAUGUAUUACUAUGUGUUGAACUUAAUAUUAACUAAGAUUAAUAAAUGGUUAAUAAGUAUUGUUCAUUGUUAGUUAAUGUUAACUAAUGUUGUUAACUAAUGUUAACAAAUGGAACCUUAUUGUAAAGUGUUACCGAUUAUUCUUAUAUUUCAUUAAUUACCCAAAAUUAUCUGAUUUUUUUUUUUUUUUAGUCUAAUUAAAAAUGGGCUAUUUUACCUAAUACAUGUUUCUGCUAUGUAUUUUGAUUGCUAUUUAUUUUUGCAUGAGGAGUGUUAUUUGUAUGACACACAGAGUUGCUGCCUAGGUAGUGUUCCAAAUCAAUUUCAGUGAGGAUGCUUUCUAUGUACAAGGUAUGCAAUAGAAUGCAAGGGGGCUCAUAGGUUUUGUUGCAGUUACCAGAAUGAUGCUUUGGGUGAUAUUGAAAUUUAUAUCAGCACAAUUUUAAUAGAGAUGUUUUAUUUAAAUAUCAGUUAUCAUAUGAGGAUGUGUUAUAUUUUUCUUUGCAUUUUUUUUAAGUUAUGCUGGAUGACUGAUAUAUUUGUAUUUAUAUGAUUGCUGAAUGUGAGCCCUUGGGUUUUCCAUCUCCAAAACAUCACCAUACAGCAGUGUGAAUAUUAUAUUACGUCUAUCUAUGUGCAUAUUCCAACAUAUAUAAAAUGUUUGAAAUAUAUGUCAUGAAAAAUUAUCAUCAUAUACCAUAUAUACUAUGCAUUCUAAGUAGCCUAAGAAAACAGCAAAUUGAGGAGAUUUGGAUACUGUGAGCUGUUCUUGUCAAGUAAUCUGCAAUAAUGAAUAUGUUUAUAGAUAAAACUGUGAUUAUGCAUACUAUGUUUGUUCUACAUUAUGGUUAUAUGCACAAAUGUGUCACUGUUAACUAUGGCUCGGUCUCUGUACCCUACUGUACUUCCCACUGCUGUCUCUUGGGGGAUGGAAGACCCUUGGAACAUGUCUGAUCUGCUGUUGAAAAAAGCCCUAUCACACAAAAGAUCUUUAUAUUUCCAGGGUAGUAUCACUGGAGGCCCUAAUUAUUUACUGCAAGCAUGUUUUUUUUUUGUUGUUGUUGUUGUUUUUUUUUCAUAAGCAGGCUGAGGCGGAGUCUGCAGAAUUCUGUGGAAUAGAUUUAAGCAUGGUAAAAUGUGUUAAAUUGAGCUAGGGUUACUAGACCAGUGGAUCUCAAAUUACAUGUGUUUGAAAUGGGCUUUCUUCACUUAAGUUUCCUAUGUAAUCUCAACACAAACACUUUAUGUAGAAAGAACCUAGUUGAAUUGGGUAAACCCAACAAAAUUAGACAUGCCAAUGUAACUCAAAUAAAUCUCUUUUAUUUCUUUAUAUACUAAUUAGUGAAAGUUAGCAUGGUAAAUACAUGCUGGCUGGAAGCACUACAGAGUGUAGCUUAGUAACUAUGCUACAGUUACCACAGCAUUUGCUCAAAGAAGUGAGACAUCUGUUCCAUGUGUGACAUCUACCUGUCCUCAUCAUUAGCUCAAGCUCCACUCUUCACCCUCAAAACCCACAAAACUCCAAUAUAACAGAAACUCUUCUAAAUCUCAACAUAAGAAAACAUUAAACACUAACAAGCAUCCCCCUUUAUAUUCAUCUUGCACAAAAACACAUAAAUUAACACUUAAUUUUAACAUCUACUCUCCCUAUGGAGUCCCAUGCAAAGCAUGCUGGGAAAUGACAAUCCCUUGCCCAGUUUCAUCAAUGCUACAUUAACACCACAGAAAGUAUAUAUGUAGUCCCAGCUCAAAUGGAUUAAGUUAACUACCAUUUUACUUAUUUAAAUGGACAGAAUGCAAUGAAAUCAAGCUAUGAAAAAUAAUUUCUAUAAUUGUGUUGCUUUAGUUUUUACUUUUUUUCUUUUUUUGAGUGUAAAGUAUUUGGUGCAAAUUUUUCAGUCACUUAGUUAAAGCUAGCCAAAUUAGCAGAUGCAAAUAUGGACAGGUUAGUUGACAUGCCUGCAUAUUCAAAUAUAAUAUUAAAACAUUUGAAUUUAAACAUUUUGAUUUGAUUUUGAUUACUUUUGUAUGACAGACAAUUUUGUUGUCACUCGAUGUCCAAUGUAAAAUCUGAGUCCUUAAGCAAAACCAGUUGAGAACCACUGUUCUAGACUUUUAUUGGUGGCUGGAAGAAUCAUAUUAGCCAAAAUAUUUGAUGAACAUAUGAGGUUGGAGAAAUGUAGAACUUUGUGAAUGAUGGCUGUUCCAAUUCUGUUUAGAUCUGUGGCCGCAGAUUCUAUGUAGGCCUGCUCAUAACAUGUUUAGCUACUGUUUAUUUAAAAAAAAAAAAAAAAAAAAAAAAAAAAGAUUAAAAUAUUAUUUGAAUUGUUGUGUUGAAGGGAGGGUGGUCUUGUAUAGCGGAGAUGCAAGAGCAUCAACGAGUUUGAUUUAGAAACAUAAACAACAGGCGUGCAAGCAAUUGAUACUGUUUGAUACACAAACGUCAGAACAGAAUCAAGGACUGUUACUGGGAUAAAUAUGGGAGAACUGUCAUAUAAAUAUUUGGGUGCCUUAUCGACUCAACGCCACCUGAGGCAACAGACAAAAGUUGUUACCUGUGAUCCACUGAAACAAAAUCUUUGUGAGAUCUUGCUUGGUUGGUUUUGGCAUUUACAGUCGGUCAUAUGGGAUUCUGUAAUCAGUCUUGUAAAUCCUGUGUAUUCUUCUUAGAUCUAUAGAAUCUAACAUGACAUACAAGUUAAAAAAGGGCAGACUACUGGACAAAUAAAGUGAAACCAGGUUCCUGAUGCUCUGUGCAUGGCAUGAAGCAUUGGAUUUAUCUUUAUAAACCACUUCCUUCCAUUUGCACUUGUCCUUCAGAAUUUUAUAGCCACAUAGUGCUCAAGUGGUGUGUGUUUACUGUAUUUGCAUUCAAUCUAAAUGGAGUACGGAAUACAUCAAUAAACGUCUCAAUGCCA